GAAUCGUCGAAUGUAAACAAUAUGGCGUCUGCUUCAGCGGAUGAGCAAGCUUCUGAUCGAAGAAAACAAGUACUCCUUGGAGAUCUUCCAGAUGACUUCCUGCGCCUAGAGGAGAACCCGCAGCAGCGACAGAUAGCGGCCGAUGAACAGGCAGCACUGGCACUGCAGCAGCAGCUGUCAGGGGCAUUCCGCACUGCACAGGCUGUGGGCCGUCUCACUUUGUCGGUUACGGAGGCAAAGCUGAUGAAGAACUACGGGGUGACGCGUAUGGAUCCCUACGUGCGGAUUAGGAUAGGACACAACGUGUACGAAACACAUACAGACUACAACGGUGCCAAGAAUCCAAAGUGGAACAAGAUAUUUCACUGCUUUCUGUCUCCUGGUGUGAAUGGCUUCCUUGUUGAAAUUUACGAUGAGUGUGCAUUUACUGUGAAUGAGAAGAUAGCGUGGGCACACAUCACCAUACCAGAAACCACAUUCUCUGGGGAAACAUCGGACUUGUGGCAUCCCCUGUCUGGCCGUCAGGGAGAGGGCAAGGAAGGAGCAAUUAACAUUGUCAUGUCUUAUCAGGGUUGUGUAAGUUAUCAGCACACAUGGCCAAUUCCUCCUGGAGCUUUGGCUGCCCCACCUAUGGUUCUCUUGAACAAUCCUUACAUGGGAGUGGUGCCUGGAGUGAUGCCAUAUCCAGCACCUGCUCCCUACAUGUACCCACCCUAUGCUGUACCAGCUGUCCAACCAGGCAUGCCACAACCAGGGAUGGUACCCCCAGGCAUGGUUCAGCCAGGCAUGGUUCAACCACCUGUGAACACAGGACCAAAUGGAGGUCAGGUGCCAUUACCAGCUGCCAUCACAGAUGCAGAUGUGAAACAGGUACAAGAAAUGUUUCCAGGAAUGGAUGCUGAAGUCAUUAAAGGUGUCCUGGAAUCCCACCGCGGCAACAAGGAUGCCACCGUCAAUGCACUUCUAAGCAUGAGCAGCUAGAGCAGCACGUACGACGAAGGGAACAGAGAAAUUGCUGUACGAUAUUUCAUCGGCUUGUAAACUAACUUCGCUUCUCCUCCUCUGUCGGGCAACAGUGACUGCUCUGUACACUUUGAUACUAGGUUUGGUUUCCGGUUUCUGGUCUGGUAGUUUAAUUCGUAUGUUUUGCACUUUUUGUGUUUGCAGUUAGAUUUUGCUGGUUUGUUCUGGAACACUUCAGAUACUACUACUUGUGCCGCAGUAUGCCAGGACAUCUGUGGUCGGUUGUAAAUUUGGACAAAUCUGUUUAAGCUCGUAAUAAAAGUGUGUGGUGUGUUUUCUUAUUUUAUGGUUUCUCUAGUUUAGAGAUCAAAAUCUGGUGCUAAUUCUUUCAUACUUAAAUAAAUAAAUCGGAAGACAUCUGAGGAUAUGUCGGGUAACUCCUACCAGAAGUGAAGUGUGUGGAAUUGUGUUCUAGUACGAAAAGCAUACCUAUUUUCGCAACACUGUGCUGCAAUAUAUACUUCAUGGGUUACAGUGAUUCUAGAGUAUGGCUGUUCGUGUACUGUUGUCUCUCUUCUCCAGCAACCUUGUUUGUCUGAAGCAUGAUGGUCUUUCACGUGAGAAUCCCUGAUCUCUGUACGUAGAGAGGAUGUGGGGCCAUUUAAGUUAGCAACAUCGUCUGGUCCGGUGUUGCACAUUCAUGAUGAUGAUUACCUUGCAAAUGUCGAUAUCACGAAUGAUGUAUGUAUAGCAUUAAACUUUCUAUCUUCGCGACUCUUCUUAGAUAUAUAUGAAAAGUUGAGAGCUGCUUGGGCUUUAUUUUGAUUCAACCUAAUGAUUUACCACGUUUUGGCUAGUUUUAUGAUGUCAGUAUUCUUGUCAAUAAAUGUUGUUUUUCUACACGGUGUACCAGGGCCAACCAGAGGCCCGCGUAACGUGAUAUCCUACUCGGCCUGAAGUCGUUGCUUUGUGCAGUACUUGCAUUGCAACAGCCCCGACAGCUUCUUGGUGUGUUGCUCGUCUGUUAUUGGAUGCAGGGAGUCUUAUGUCACAUGGCUUUCUUUGCCCAAUAAGAGAUCAGUAUCUCCAUGUGUCAUUGUGUUUGGCAGAAAGAUUACUGGCAAUAUGUUAUUAUUUUCAGAUAUGUUAUCUGUGCUGUGUGCAUACAUGAGUAUAGUAGUUUAUGCAUGGAGUAAUUUUUUUUUUUACAUUUAACAGUUUUGUGAUAACUUCAAGGCAACAUUGCCUUUAAAAGACUCUUUCUGAUACCAUGCCUUAACGGCUGCUUUCGUGGGAGAAGAUGCAUGAAACAGGUCAGGACGUUUACAGAACGACUUUAAGCAGCUCCCUAAUGCAUGGCACAUAGUGGAAGGCAGUCCUUUAGAUUAACCUUGGUGCCCAGAUAGGACGAUGAGUAACAUUUAGAGAUUUCACACUUUGUACCUUCUUAAUUUGCUCGAUCUACAGCAAAGCCAUGUUACGUUUCUGGUCAUACGGCUAUAUUAAGUGUUGCCAUAUAUACAGAGCUAUUAUGACAUGUUGUACAAAUAAAUUGUAUUUUCGGCGA